UAUUUUCUCAUUCGAACUCUUCUUUCGCCGCCGCCCUCGUAGCCGAGACCCAGCGACGCCCGGCGCUGCGCCGCCGCUUCUUCCUCGCCCUCAGUCACCAAACAAUGACGAAGAAGGACGAAUCUAAAACUUCUCCCAAGUCAGUACAGGAAGAAACCGUUGCGAAAGAGGAAAAAAAGUCUUCAACGAAGAAGCUCGGUAGUGAGAUUGAUGAGAUCUUUGCUGGGAAAAAGCGAAAGAAACUCAACCAGGAGAACGCGACUGCGAUUGCGAAGCCGAAAAAGGUGAAGAAAAAGAAGAAGGAGGAUAAUAAGCGCGACGACGAUGGUGUUUUUGGAGACUCGUCUUCCAAGCCAAGAAAGAAAACCGCAGAUGGACUUACUAUGUACACGGAGGAGGAAUUGGGUAUCAGUAAAUCCGAUGCUGGAGGUACUCCACUUUGUCCGUUUGAUUGUUCUUGUUGCUUCUGAUUGACGGGACUUGCAGAAUUUCGGGAGCUUACUUGUACUUUAUUUGUUUGUAGCCCAAAGUUGUGAUUUUAUUGAUUAUUGAUAGUUAAACGAUCAACUGAGAGCAAGAGAGUUUCUCUUUUCGAAGCAUAUUACUUGACAUAAAAUUUCAUUACAAUUUUGUCUCUCUGGUCCGGGGAAUUUUUGUAAUUUUGUUGUUGAUAAAUGAUCAACCGAGUGCAAGAGUUUCUUUUUUCCAAGCAGAUAAACUUUUUCCAUA